AAUUCGGAGUGCAGGUCGUCCUCUAGAGUCUGGGAAACUGGAUUGUGGAGACGACGCUGGGCUUUGGGGGGCAUCUGCGCUCCUGUGCUCGCGGCACUUUGUAGCUCCGGGUGGUGGCAAGCCUGGUGAAGUGGUAGCGCGAGGGCGAGAGGAAGUCAAGGCUCAGGAGCAUCAGAAAACGCUUCCUUAGCUCUGUGUGAGCUCUAGCUAUCCUGGAUGGGUAUAGUGGUGGGAAAACCCUGCACCGCGCAUUUCCAAGUCACCGGUAGCUGCGCUCCGAGCCCCCGCCAACCCCAGGGCGGAUACCCCAGCGAUCCCCAGUGUUACUGAGCAGCAGGCGGCGACCAGGACCGCGUGGCUGUCGCGCGGCGCGCCAAGCCAAAAGGUAAACGCAGCCGGGCCUUCCAACAGCCCAGCAGAGGCGGCGCGGCCCCGAAGCGCCUUCGGUUCUAAGGAUCCUCACUUCUGGGAAAGGACAGGGAACUGUCAAUCAACGAGGGAGGGAGCGCACCGGCGCCGGGUGAUGUCAGCGGAUCAGCUGCUCCAUAACAAAGAGGGGGUAUUACAGGAGAAAGUUGCAGCGGCCGCUGCACCCCGGAGCCUUGGGGACCGGGGACGAAGGGAGGAGGGACGGCGGCUGCGGCAGCCGAGGCAGGCCGAGGAAUUGAAAGGACUGUAGGGGGAGGCAGCGCGAACCGCCCCGACUGCUCCUCCUCUUCCUCCCCCUCCUCCUCCUCCAAACUCGCAGGGCUUAGCCCCAGCGCUCGCUCAGCCGCCGCGAGCACCCGGAGGGACGGGAACCGGCCGCACGGCCCGGUGCUGGGCAGGGUCGCAGCCGCCAUGGACAGCGACGACGAGAUGGUGGAGGAAGCCGUGGAAGGGCACCUGGACGAUGAUGGGUUACCCCACGGAUUCUGCACAGUCACCUACUCCUCCACAGACAGAUUUGAGGGCAACUUCGUGCACGGAGAAAAGAACGGACGUGGGAAGUUCUUCUUCUUUGAUGGCAGUACCCUAGAGGGAUAUUACGUGGAUGACGCCCUGCAGGGCCAGGGUGUAUACACCUAUGAGGAUGGAGGUGUUCUCCAAGGCACGUAUGUGGAUGGAGAGCUGAACGGACCAGCCCAGGAGUAUGACACCGACGGGAGGCUCAUCUUCAAAGGACAAUACAAAGACAACAUUCGACAUGGAGUGUGCUGGAUCCAUUACCCGGAUGGAGGCAGCCUGGUCGGGGAAGUCAAUGAAGACGGGGAGAUGACUGGAGAGAAGAUAGCCUAUGUCUACCCUGAUCAGAGGACUGCGCUCUACGGAAAGUUUAUCGAUGGAGAGAUGAUCGAAGGGAAACUGGCCACCCUCACGGCCACGGAAGAAGGGAGGCCACACUUUGAAGUGACAUCUGGAAGUUCCGUGUACCACUUCGAUAAAUCGACUUCCUCCUGCAUCUCCAGUGAUGCCCUCCUUCCAGACCCCUAUGAGUCCGAGAGGGUUUAUGUUGCGGACUCUCUGAUCUCCAGUGCAGGAGAAGGGCUGUUUUCCAAGGUAGCAGUGGGACCCAAUACUGUUAUGUCUUUUUAUAAUGGCGUCCGAAUUACACACCAAGAGGUGGACAGCAGGGACUGGGCCCUAAAUGGGAACACUCUCUCCCUUGACGAGGACACAGUCAUUGACGUGCCCGAGCCCUACAACCACGUAUCCAAGUACUGUGCCUCCCUGGGACACAAGGCGAAUCACUCCUUCACGCCAAACUGCAUCUAUGACAUGUUUGUCCACCCCCGCUUUGGGCCUAUCAAGUGCAUCCGCACCCUGCGAGCUGUGGAGGCAGAGGAAGAGCUGACCGUUGCCUAUGGCUAUGACCACAGCCCUCCAGGGAAGAGUGGGCCCGAAGCCCCCGAGUGGUACCAGGUGGAGCUGAAGGCCUUCCAGGCCACCCAGCAAAAGUGAAAGGCCUGGCCCUGGGGUCCAGAGACCUGGAGUAGAAACUCGGAUCUAUGCACUACAUAUAUCUGACAACGGGACAACCAGGGACUGUUCAUGCUGUGACAUCACAAUCCUCUCACCCUGCGUUAGCAACGACUCUCUCACAUACUAACUAGGUUUGACUAUUACUCAUACCAGAUUUAAAAUUAGCUAGCCUUGCAGCAACGCCCUACCGAGAGGUACUGUCGAACUGUAGACAGCAUGAUGUUCUUUGAUGGUUGAAGUCUAAAUCUGGACCACGUUCAGAGAUACCAAAUGAUUCAGCUGAAAAAGGGAAAUGGGAUUCUUUGGUCAUUUUUCGUCGAUGGGUUUUUUUUUUUUCAUGAUGUUUUUUUUCUAUGGCCACUGCAAACGGUGUUCAGUCACCCUUGCAUGUUGCCAUCUGCGGGGCAGGAAGCGAUUACAUCUUUAUAUAAAUGUAGGGUCAUUUGCCUUUUAACCUUUGAUCUGUAUCUUGCAAUAGAAUGGCUUUGUUUUUGUUGUUACUCUCCUAGUGAACUGAAGCCCAGUCUUUUGAGCCUUUUCGUUAGCCUCACUCCCUAUCUUAGCUCUCCUUUCCGGGAGAAAGCUUCCCAGUGGACUCUGCCUUCACAGCGGUGUACAGGUCUCUCUGGUUCUUUCUCGAGCAUCUCAUUCUUAUGUCCUGAUAUAAAGUCCUGGCUCAUAGGGCCAGACUGUUAUUAUAGACUUAUUACUCUCGCAUGUAAACAAAGAAACCUUUGCUUUCGGAUGUGAGAAGAAACGAAUUUGCUUUGUUUGCAUUAAGUUACGGAAGGAGUUGUAAGAUACACAUUCAGGAAGAAGAGAGGAAAAUUGGUGUUUCUAAGCAGUCAUCGUGAUAGUUUUGCAGGAUAUUCAGUAGCGCUGGCAGUUUUUUUCUCCUCGGGUACACAUUCAUUGUACAUAACCUAGCGCAGUCUGACUUAUGGCACGGCUCACUGAAUUCAAACUACAACAGCCAAUGUGCAUUCCAACACGGACUACAGAACGCUCCCUGACCACCAGUGCCAGGAAGAUAGACACACUGACAGCUAGGUGCAAAUCAGACCCGUAGCUAAAGCUUUCUCCCCACCGUGAUCUCAGAGCAUUUAACUGCUUCCAGGCUCUGCAAGCCAAGAGUUCACGCCUGUGCGGUCUCUACCAAUAGUAUAUUGCCACCUCACAAGCCAUAUGCAAUCACAACUGCAGAAACACAGAGAAAAACCCAUUGUUUUAGGUUAGCUCAUUAGAUCUCUACCUGGAUGGCUCCGAAUGAAUGCUGAGUUUGGGGGACACCUCCCCCAAGGUGUCCUGGGAACAACCGGUACUGAGGCCUGCAGCUGUCGACAGUGCCACCUGUGGCCUGAGUUGGGUUAGGGUUUGAGGGAGCUCAGAAUGGAUAGAGAUGUUUGCUGGGAAUGGGCAGGGAUGGAGGGAGGAGACAGGUCAAGGGAUGUUGGCUCUUUGUUCUUUUUUCUUUUCUUUUUUGUCAGUUGCACGUUGCUCUUAACAACAGCUUUCACGAGUGUUCCAUCUGGGGCUGUGUGCAGUUUGCCCAUCAAACAGCCCCAGAAAGGAGGACUCAGCCCUCAGCUGUGAUAGCUGCACCCUGGGCUCUUUUACAAGCUUCCUGACACACCCAGCUUCCGGCUCUGCACCUAGGUGAUGAUGGGGUUUUCCAGGACAGCUGGCCGCAGCCCUGUUUGAAAAGCUUAAGUAGUUCCCUCAGGAGAAACAUCCUUGGGACUUCUGAGGAGGUCUCCUGCAAGACAACAGAAUCUAUUUUUAGACUACAAGUCACCGGGAUAGGAUCGCUUCUAUUCUGUAGACAGAGACCAUUCAGUAAGCUGUGACCUAAGGAUGGGGUCUCUGGAUUUGAAUUCUGAGAGGCGCUUUCAUGUAAAUGUGCCCAAAGGCAGUGGGCUGCCUCGGAGAGAAAGAUGGCUUUCGUUAGCCGCAUCAGUCGGGUGGUGGGACUCGGUCGAGAGAUGGGGCAGAGGAGGAGAGGGCAGGUCCCACCUCGGAUGGUGUGCCCA